AUGAGGCUGCUCAAGCUGCUCCUUUUCCUGGCCCCCUGGGGAGUGGCCCGAGCUGAAGCAGGGAAGUUCUGGCACAUCUCUGACCUGCACCUGGACCCUGACUACAAGGUCUCCGAAGACCCACUCCAGGUGUGCCCAUCAGCUGGCUCCCAGCCGGUGCCCAGCGCAGGCCCCUGGGGCGACUACCUCUGCGACUCUCCCUGGGUCCUCAUCAAUUCCUCCAUCUACGCCAUGAAGGUGAUCGAGCCGGAGCCAGACUUCAUCCUCUGGACGGGUGAUGACACACCUCACGUGCCCAACGAGAGACUGGGAGAAGCAGCGGUGCUGGGAAUCGUGGAGCGCCUGACUGGGCUCAUCAGAGAGGUCUUUCCAGAUACCAAAGUCUACGCUGCUUUGGGAAAUCAUGACUUUCACCCCAAAAACCAGUUCCCGGCAGGGAGCAACAACAUCUAUGAUCGGGUAGCAGAACUGUGGAGACCCUGGCUCAGUAAUGAAUCCAUCGCUCUCUUCAAAGAAGGUGCCUUCUAUUCUGAGAAGUUGCCGGGACUGAGUGGGGCUGGGCGAAUCGUGGUCCUCAACACCAAUCUGUACUACAGCAGCAAUGAGCAGACGGCUGGCAUGGCGGACCCUGGCCAGCAGUUCCGGUGGCUGGAAGAUGUGCUGACCCGGGCAGCCCAAGCUAAGGAGAUGGUGUACAUUAUUGGCCACGUGCCCCCAGGCUUCUUCGAGAAGACGCGGAACAAAGCGUGGUUCCGGGAGGGCUUCAAUGAGGAGUACCUGAAGGUGGUCCGGAAGCACCAUCGAGUCAUUGCAGGGCAGUUCUUCGGGCACCACCACACCGACAGCUUCCGGAUGUUCUACAAUGAUGCAGGUACUCCCAUCAGUGUCAUGUUCCUUACCCCUGGAGUCACCCCAUGGAAAACCACCUUACCUGGAGUGGUCAACGGGGCCAACAAUCCAGGAAUCCGGGUAUUUGAAUAUGACCGAGCCUCACUGAGCCUGCAGGACAUGGUGACCUACUUCGUGAACCUGAGCCAGGCGAACGCGCAGGGCACCCCGCUCUGGGAGCUCGAGUACCGGCUCACCGAGGCCUACGGGGUGCCCGACGCAGGCGCCCGCUCCAUGCACGCGGCGCUGGGCCGCAUCGCCGACGACCCCGGCGCGCUGCAGCGCUACUACGUCUACAACUCGGUCAGCUACGACCGCGAGGCCUGCGGCCCGGCCUGCCGCGCCGAGCACGUGUGCGCGCUGCGCGAAGUGGCCUUCGACGCCUACGCCGCCUGCCUGCGCGCCUCCGGCGCCGCGCCCGCGCCCGCGCCCCAGCUCGCGCUCCUGCCCGCGGCGCUGCUGAGCCUGCGCGCGCUGCUCGCGCCCUGA